AUGCCAGGAAAUGAUGCGUCUUCCGCAACUGCUGCGGAGGCUUCAACGACCGCUGCAAAUAAACCAAAACGAGUACGGACGGGAUGUUUGACAUGCAGAGAAAGACAUUUGAAAUGCGAUGAGGGUUUACCAAAUUGUCUGAAUUGCCGGAAAUCUAGUCGGGAAUGCAAAAGAGGGGUGCGAUUAAAUUUUAUCGAUACCCAGAUCAAAUCACCACCAAUGAUCCCUCCUACAGCAGACUGGUCAGUUCAAUUCCAAGAUGAGUCCCGCGAAAUUGCUUCAGAAUACAAGGGCGGCUUAAGUCGAUAUGCUCACAUCGAACAAACAAUUACUCCUCCUCGAGAUCCGCCCACCGAAUAUCCUAUGCGACCUGUGGUUGUUGAUCCUAUGAUGCAAGGGAAUGCCCUUCCGCCAAUACAGACUGCUGGUACUUUCAUGGAUAAUAAUCUUGGGGCUAAGCAAGAGAUGGCACAUUCUUCACAUUCUAGGCACACAAGUAGGCAUUUAUCUCACGCUGGUAGUGAGAGUUCUAGUUAUUUGACCGCGCCGACGGCAUACACUGCUUCGGAACAAAUCAUCACGCCACCUAACGAAAGUCGGGAUUAUCUUACUACUCCCGAAGAAGUUCUAUAUAUGCAAGUUUUCGUCGAGGAAGUUGGAUUAUGGAUGGAUAGUAUGGACCCGAUGAAACACUUCUCUAGGUUAUUACCGUUCCAUUCUCUAGGAGAACCCAUGCUUCUCAAUGCUUUCCUAGCAUGUGGAGCUCGACAUUUGACUCUUGUCAAUCCUGUUUACCAGGAGGACAAAGCAUUAUAUUAUUAUGACACAGCCACUACUCAAUUGUUGCGAUCGUUACAAAAUCCCGAUCGAGAUACUGUCAUCUGUGCAACUACAGCUGUCAUUCUUAACGUUUAUGAGAUCAUGUCUGAAAGAGCGAUGCAACGUAUGAACCAUAUUGCCGGAGCACGAGCUUUGAUUAAGGAAUGUGGAUGGAAUGCACGAAGUACUGGUGUAGGGGCCGCAUGCUUUUGGCUUAAUGUUGGUAUGGAAUUGCUCAGUUGUUUGCAUUUUAAUUGGCAGGUAGCUUGGGAACCGGAUCAAUGGGGAGUUGAUAUGGAUUUUUCACGAGAAUUGGAAGCUGGACGAGAGGAAGUAUGGGUUCAUCGGAUGCUAUACAUCAUUGGUAAAAUCGCAAACUUCCGGGCAUCAAUUCCACGAUUUCAGGAGGCUUCACCACACGACGAACAAAUCCGAAUGCAAUCUAGGUAUGCGGAGUGGCAAAAAUUAAAGAAUCUUUGUGAUAGCUGGAAUACUAGUAUACCUCGGACCAUGCACCCGAUGGCUUAUUUGUAUCCGUCACAGACCACUUCAAGUUCCGCUUUCCCAGAGAUCUGGCUUCUCAAACGUGCCACAAUUGUUGGUAGAUUGUUCUACCACACAGCGAUGUGCCUUCUCCCUCAAAUUAAUCCGUUGUUGAGUCCAGAAAAUGCGGAAAUGCACGAUAUGCAGCAAGACCAUUCUCGUUCCAUAUGUGGCAUUGUAGCACACGUCAAGGACAGGGGAGUUGCUAGUGUCGCGCUUCGCUCUUUAGCUAUCGCUGCCGAAUGUUUAGUCGUUCGUCGCGAACAAGAAGAAGUUCUCACCAUAUUCGAAAAAAUUCGAAAAGAGACGGGUUGGAGAGUUGGGUUCUUACACAAAGAACUCAAAACGAAGUGGGGUUGGCCAGAUGAAACAGCACAACAGCAACAGAUGAUGCCACAAGCGAAUUCCUUGUCACAGUUUUUCCCUUCUAAUACGCCAGCACCAACGUCAAAUUUACCAUCUGCACCACCAAGACCGUCUAUUCCAAGCGGUAUCUUGAAUCCUCUUCUGAAAACUGCCGACUUCUCCUUACCGAAUCAUCCAUAUCAACAACAUUAUCAACCACCAAACACAACAAAUCAAUUUACUCAUACAUAUCUAUAA